GCGGAGCCGCCCGCCCUGCCCGCGCCCCGCGCGUCCGGAAACACGCGUGGAUGUAGCGGCCGGGCCGGGGGCUCCGCGGCACCAUAAAUACCCCCGGCGGCCGCUCGCCCUCGCACUCAGCCCCGCGGGCCCCUGCAGACGGGCUCCCCCGCCGCCGGAGCCAUGCGACCCGCCGCAUUAAUUUUAGGCUUGAGGACGCUGUGGGUUUUGGCGUUUUCCUCCCUUUCCAACACGCUGGCGGUGAAUAACAGCGGGCGAUGGUGGGGGAUCAUCAACGUGGCCUCCUCCACCAACCUGCUCACCGACUCCAAGAACGUGCAGCUGGUGCUGGACCCCAGCCUGCAGCUGCUGAGCCGCAAGCAGCGCAAGCUGAUCCGCCAGAACCCCGGCAUCCUGCACAGCAUCAGCACCGGCCUCCAGAGCGCCAUCAAGGAGUGCAAGUGGCAGUUCCGCAACCGCCGCUGGAACUGCCCCACCUCCCAGGGGCCCAACAUCUUCGGCAAAAUCGUCAACCGGGGCUGCCGGGAGACAGCCUUCAUCUUCGCCAUCACCAGCGCCGGCGUGACGCACUCGGUGGCGCGGUCCUGCUCGGAGGGCUCCAUCGAGUCGUGCACCUGCGACUACCGCCGCCGCGGCCCGGGGGGCCCCGACUGGCACUGGGGCGGCUGCAGCGACAACAUCGACUUCGGGCGGCUCUUCGGCAGGGAGUUCGUGGACUCCAGCGAGAAGGGCCGGGACCUCCGCUUCCUCAUGAACCUGCACAACAACGAGGCCGGGCGCAUGACCGUGUUCUCGGAGAUGCGGCAGGAAUGCAAGUGCCACGGCAUGUCGGGCUCGUGCACGGUGCGCACGUGCUGGAUGCGGCUGCCCACCUUCCGCGCCGUGGGCGACUUCCUCAAGGACCGCUUCGACGGCGCCUCGCGGGUCAUCUACGGCAACAAGGGCAGCAACCGGGCGUCGCGGGUGGAGCUGCACCACCUGGAGCCCGAGAACCCGGCGCACAAGCCGCCCUCGCCCCACGACCUCGUCUACUUCGAGAAGUCGCCCAACUUCUGCACCUACAGCGGGAAGACGGGCACAGCGGGCACGGCCGGGCGCUUCUGCAACAGCUCCUCGCCGGGCCUGGACGGCUGCGAGCUGCUGUGCUGCGGGCGCGGGUACCGCACGCGCACCCAGCGGGUCACCGAGCGCUGCAACUGCACUUUCCACUGGUGCUGCCACGUCAGCUGCUUGAACUGCACCAACACGCAAGUGCUGCACGAGUGCUUGUGAGCCGGGGAGCCGCCGGCACCCUGCCCGGCCCCGGAGGGGGUCUGCGUUGCCCCCGAUGACGGCUGCCCGGCCAGAGGCAGGAGCCCGGGUGGCUCUGCGCCCCCGGGGAUGGGGCUCCCCGGUGCACGGCGCGGUCACGGCCGCCCCGGGGGCCGCUGCCGGCUCUGCAGGGUUUCCUUCUCGCUGUAAAUAAAAUAUUUAUUGUGGACGGUUUGGUGCCGGGCCUGGCCCCUCUGGGCCCCUCCGCCCCUGCGCUUCGCUGGCCCCAGGCCCUGUUUUUUAUAAUUAAAAAUAAUAAUAAUAAUAAUAAUUAAUAAUUAAUAAUAAUAAUGCUU